AUGAGACCCCAGCCCCGGUGUCAAAGAAAUUCAGCAUUGGUUGGAAUACCAUCUAUCUUGGUCAAUAUCACAAUUAUACUUAUCAUUUUUCUGGGAUUCAAGGUUAAACCAAUUGUAUCGUUAGAUACGAGAGAUCUAAAGCUAGCUGCGGGCUCUCCAAUAUCCGCUUAUGAUCAGUAUGACUUUUAUUUUGCGCAGGUCUGUAAGAGCAAUUACAAUACUACGGAUAGUCAGGAUCUUGUGACUGAGAAGAUUUGCCUAGACUAUGAGGGAGGAAUGAUGAUCCUAAAAGAUUUCGGACAAGAUUUACCGGAGAGUAUUUUGAAGCAUCUUGAAUGGCUCGAUUCUUAUCUUGACAGAAGCCUGUACACUAACAUCACCGCGCUCUUUGUUCUUUAUAUCCUCAUUUGUAUAUUUGGUACCACGGUUUUCUGGGUGGGCCUUGAAACUUUGAGAAGUAGUAAGCCUUCCAACAAAGUCGAAUUUGAAUCAGAUGUGAAAUUUUACAUGUAUAUGGCAUCAUUUCAAGCUACCAUACAUAUAAUUACGAACGCCGUUUUUGUAUCCGCCUUGGUAGGUCUUGGAGGUCGGUUUCGGUGCACCGAUGAGGUGUGUAUCCCAAUGCAUAGGUCUUGGUUGAUGCUUGGAUUCUCUACCCUUGCAUCGUUUGAAAUUUUCUUUGCCAUGUCAGCGAUGGCAUAUCUGCUAUGUCCAGAUUGCAGUGAGCGCCGCUGUCAUACUUUCUGUUGGAAAUAG